AUGAAAAUCCAUUAUAUUAAUAUAUUAUUGUUUGAGCUUCCAUUAAAUAUAUUGAUAUAUAAUCAAAGGAACCAUAAAAGCACCACACCAAAUCAUACACAAACCACCAGAUCAUUAUACGAAUGUGAAUUAUAUUCACCGGCCAAUAAUGAUAAUGAUCCCGAAAUGAAAAGGGUGAUGCAACAAUUUGAGGAUCGUACAUCACAAAGAUUUCACGAAUAUGACGAAAAGAUGCAAAGUAAACGAAUACAAUGUAAAGAUCGAUGUGACAAAGAAAUACAAAAAAUUAUUUUAAAAGAUAAAUUGGAAAAAGAAUUAAUGGACAAAUUUGCCACAUUACAAACAGAUAUACAAAAUGAUGCUAUUCCCACAUGUGUUUGCGAAAAGUCGAUAGCAGAUAAAGUGGAAAAAAAUUGUUUAGCAUGUGGAGGUAUGUUGAGUGGUGGUAUUGCACCAACGGUUGGAUUAAUUGGUUCAGUUGCCGUACAUGCGUGGAAACCUUUGGCACUUAAGGCCACUAUUGAAAAAGCUCUAGAAUUAAAUGCUGCUACAAUUGCGUCUGCUGCUCAAGCUGCAGGUAUUGAGGCAGGUAAGAAAGCAGUUAUUGCAGGAUUAAAUUCAGAGUUUGGUUUAUCAACUCCAGCUGUUCAGAAAAUAGGGUUAGUUUUUAAUGCAAAAAAUUAUAAAGAUGCUGGAUAUAUUUAUCAAGUUCUUUAUAAACAAUUUGAAAUGACAUGUGAAGCACCUGUUAAUGGAGUUAUUCAUGGCGCUGAUGCGCCUAUUUGCACAAAAAUCAUAGGAAAAACUAUUCUGCGGAAGAGUGGUACAGCGAAAGAUGUUAUAAAUGAAAGUGUAGAAACUGUGGUUUCACAAGCCAAAGGGGCUGCUGGUGACAAAGUUGCGGAGGUAACUGCCGCUAAAGAAUUAGUUAUUGAAACAGCACAAAAGGAAGCUAUAGAAAUUGCAAGUUACAAUUGGUACACCACAAUUGGUUACUCCGUCCUUGCCAUAUUAAUUAUUGUUUUAAUUAUGGUGAUAAUAUAUUUAAUUUUACGUUAUAGACGAAAAAAAAAAAUGAAGAAAAAACUCCAAUAUAUCAAAUUAUUAGAAGAAUAG